GCCAACCCCGGGCGCGCAGCGAUAUUUUAUCUCAGGCUCCAAGUUAUGACUCUAGACCGCGCCAGAAAACAGAAAACGUCUCGGUGUUGCGAAUGGUUUCAAAGUACAGGCUGUAUCAAGUUGCUUCACUCUCUCGCUGUCUCUGUGUGUGAGCCUUUGCUGUAAUGCGUAAAGAUCUGCAGGGAUUUAUCAGACGGAGUGAAGAACGCACCGUGGACGCGCGCUUUCCCCAAAAUGCGACUGUGUCUUUCUAAUGUUCUCGUCGCGUAGAUUAUAUGCGUGCAUAAGGGUGUUUUUUAUAACUAAUACCGGGAUUAUAGCAACAUAAAACUAAACUUUGCUCAACUUCCCAUUGAACCAACAGGUGCGCAUUUGCUCUGCGCAGCAGCGGCAGGUUCGGAACCUCCGCAGAGGAGUCGUUCUAACUUCUCAAGUUAAAAUUUUGUUCCCGAACUUUCCUCCGAAGGACUGAUGCUUAAAAUUAAGUGGAUUUUACUCUGCGCUUAUCCUCUCCAAAUGUGUCCGAAACAGCACUGGUGCCCUGUAAACGACGCAUGUGUGUGGUGAUACAAACCGUCCCGUCUACAGAGCUUUGUGAUCGCCGGCUACCACUCAUCCAAAUGAUCCUUCCAUUAAUAUUCCUUCUUGCAUCGCUUCUCCAACAAUAUGGCUCGGAAGCUGAAUCAAGUCAUGUCAGCAAAUUUCCCCUACCAAGCGUAAAGGAGCAAAACGGAGUGCAAGAUUCUAACCAGGAGAAAGUUAUAACAGUGUCUGGAGAGGGAAUGAUCCACAGCCCAGACUUCCCGCACACUUAUCCGAGGAAUACAGUGUUAGUCUGGAGACUAGUCGCCAGCAGCAACAUGAGGAUCCAGCUUACCUUUGAUGAGAGAUUUGGGCUAGAGGACCCUGAAGAUGGAAUAUGCAAGUACGACUUUGUGGAAAUAGAAGAUCCGACUGAGAAGACAAUCCUGGGUCGCUGGUGUGGGUCACAAUCGCUCCCAGGUGGUCACAUUUCCAAGGGAAGCCAGAUCACUAUUCGCUUCAUCUCCGAUGAGUAUUUUCCCUCUGAGCCGGGUUUCUGCAUCCGCUACUCCCUGCUGCCUGUGAGUGUACCAGAGCCCAACGCCCCUGCAGUUCUCCCUCCAUCCCUGCAGGAUAUUGAGGAGCUGUCAGAGGCUGUGACGGAGCUGAGCACUGUAGAGGAGGUCAUGAAGUACCUGGAACCAGAACGAUGGCAGAUGGAUAUGGAAGAGUUGUACAAACCUACAUGGCAUGUGCUGGGGAAAUCAUUCAUCCACAGUAAGAAGGCCCGAGGUGGAGCUGAUCUCAAUCUUCUGAGGGAAGAAGUUCAACUCUACAGCUGCACGCCACGUAAUUUCUCGGUAUCCCUGCGUGAAGAGCUGAAAAGGACAGAUGUCAUUUUCUGGCCCAGCUGCCUCCUGGUGAAGCGCUGUGGUGGAAACUGUUCCUGCUGCUCUCACCGCUGCUACGACUGUCAGUGUAUUCCUGCCAGAGUCACAAAGAAAUAUCAUGAGGUUCUACUGUUGAAACAUCGAAGUGGUGUACGAGGUCUCCAGAAGUCCAUGACGGAUGUGCCCUUGGAACACCAUGAAGAGUGUGCCUGCGUGUGUAAAGAUGAUUCUGACUGACCUCAGACAUGUGUAACAGCUGCCAACGGAAGCAUGCGGAUGUUAGAAAUGAACCUCUGCCGCUGUUCCUAUCUCAUCCACUACCACUGGAAGCUAACAAGAUUCUCCUUUUAUCCUGAUGUCCUUUUACUAAUUGGAUGAAGCAGAACGGACUGGAAUCUAAUAAAUCUUCCAAAUGGAUUUGACUGCUGUGGAAUACCAAUAGAGUGCUCUGAGUCCAUUUUAGAAAGGCCAAAAAAAAAAUCACUGGAGCAGAUCUGGACCAUUACCUAUGAGCUCUGAAGACUAUUUUCUUCCAUUCUUCUGAGAUAAGAACACUGAGGCAUUUGCGCCAUUUCUUCCUGAGGUCUUUUUUAAAGUUCAGUCAGUGUGGGCUGAUACUGUCAUGAAAAAUGGGAGCUUCUUUGUUCAAGUACUUUUUUAUAUCUAUAAGUGAGCUGGCUCCAGCUGCCUUGCCUUGCUCCCUUGGCUCCUCUAUUAUUACCAUCAAGGCAAAGAAAGGUGGUUUUUAGCCGUUUCCUUUUGCUCCCCUCUUGUUUUACCACAGAGUUUGUCUGUGGCAGUGUACAAACACAGUAUAGUUGAAAUGUAACACUAAUGAGACUGCAUUACGUGUAAAUAUUUUGUUUACAUUUCUUUUCUUUAUUAGUGUGCAUUUUCUGCCAAAGUUUUUCAAAGAUAAGUUUAAAGUUGCACAUUCAGAAUCAGUUAGAACUCCUUUUUUAAGUCUUCAUUUGAUCCAUCUCAGCAAUAUUAAAUCUGCUUGCUCAAGACAUGCCUGGCGUCAAACCAUUUUGUUUUUUCAACAUUUGAGAUUGUUCACAAUAAGUAUUUAUUUGUUUAAGGAAAGGGAAUUAAGGUCCAAGAUGACUUGUGUGCUACAUAUUUCCUGUUUACUAGCCUCCUCUCUGUUUGUAAUUUUUACAUUUUGAUUUUCUUGUGGAUGUUUUUUUUUUUUUUUUCAUUUUUCUGUAUGCCAAUAUUAUUUAUCUCUACUUUUGCUACAACUGUUUGUGUAUUUUAUAGUAUUGGAAAGCAAAAAUAAAUUCUUCCAUUUCUAACAGAAUAUGUAGUACUUGGGAUUGGAAACUUUGAUCCAA